AACAAAAACAAAAAAACCUCUCCCACCACUGCCUUCAACGCUAAAGCAGCAUUUUCGUCCCACAGCUGUGGCUUUGUUCUGGCUUGUACUCUCCAGGAGGCAGGGGGAGGAAGGCGGAGGCGUCCUUGGAAAGGAUGGAGCCGGGGGACAGACAGGCAGGCCAAGGGUGGGGCUCUCCCACCUGGCCCCUAGUAGGCUUGCCCUAGCUUCCUGUUCCCUCCCUUUCUACAGCACUGAGGUCCGGGUAGUGGGGAGAGGAGAGGGAGGCUGCGCAGCUCAAAGGUGAACUUGUUCCGUUUUUCAUACCUGGCAUCCAGUCCACCGUGUUGGGACCAGGAUCCACCGCGCACCCUUGUGGAGUCCUCCCAGCCUGCUGACGCCCAUGUUGCUGCUCAGUCUCCUCUGGCUCCUCAGAGCCUCCCCUGGGGAAGCAGGGACUCCAUCCAUGACCACAGCCACCUCUAGCUCCCACUUGCCUGGCAUGGAAGCAGCCAGCAUGGCUCUCAGCAGCACUCUGCAUGCUGGGGGAAUGCCUCAGUGGCUUCCCAUCCUCCAUCAAUCUCCUAAUUCAGCUCCUGACAACGGGGAACACACACCCAGGACUGCUGGCAUGCCCAAUAACUUUAAGCCUACUUAUGAGUCAUUACUCGGCUCUCCAAUCAGUCCUGACACUGUGACAACCCCUGUGUCCAAGUUUGUCAUCAAGGUUGAGACCAGUCCUCCUACUGUCUUGGUCUACAUGCCCACCACUGAGUGCAUUCCGCUCUCUGACCUCAUAAUCACCACCACGCACCCCACCACUACCUGUGUAACCAUGACCCGUGUACCCUUCACCAGCUCUUAUACCACCACUCCCACGACUGACAAGCCAACGACAACCAUUACCACUAUGACACCUACCAUCUCUGUGGGGAAAGUGACCUCAUCCAUGACCUCUGCUUCCACUGUUACAGACAUGGGUGGCACACCCGCAAUAACGUCCCCACCUUCUUCUUCUUCUGUCUCAACCACAUACACAACCCAAGGCACUCUGACCUCUUCUCCCACAGGGACCACAGAAGUGACCGCCAUGUCCCCAUCAGGUGUCCAUACAACACUGCCCCUCACUCCAGGGGUUACUUAUCGGUCUGUUACUGCUCCUUCUCAAAUUUCCACAAGAACCUCUUUAACGACAGUACCUGAUAACAUUGCCCUGCCCAGCACCAGUUUCUUGAUCACCACAGGCAUUAUUACCAAAUCAUUUCCUACAGCAAGCAACUCACUCAAAACAGAAACUUCCUCCACCCAUUCCCUGGGCCCCACCAAUAAAUCAACACCGGCUGCUUCUGUUGCUAAGGAAACAACCAGUGAUUCAGCGCUGGGACCACACAGAUGGACAGAGUCCCCUCAGCUCCAACCAUCCACACAACAGCUGAGUCCUCCCUGACACCCACCGCCCUCACCUCACCCACAGCCCCCACAUCUGCAGAGCCUCGUCCUACCUCAGCUGUGACUGGAACAG